UUGGAGUGGGCCAGAGAAGACGGGGGGGGCGGUAUAGUGAGCGAGCUGGCGGUCUAUGGAGAGUCGAAAGAGGGACCAAGAAACGGCGACAGUGACAGACACACAGACCCCCCGAUAACACCUGCGUAAAACGGCACCACAGUGAGAGAAAAAGACAGUGGACAGAGACGAGAGAGCGGUAUUUUCGGGGGAGUGACAGGGGGGGGGGGGCAGACAGGGUGGUACACUAGAGUCUGAUUCCAGGAAGUAUAAGCCGGUCAGGUGGGACAAGACAAGACAACACAGGUGAACCGCUCUGACAAACCGGCGCACAGACACAGAAGGCCAGUUGUCUGUUGGGUGACGGGAGUGGAGGCAGAGACUAAGGGGCGAGGAGCAGGGAAUCAUCUUCUCUUGGGUUUAUGGACUGGAGCAGGUGGCAAUGUCUCCAGGAGAGGACGGUCUGAUUGGGAUCCCCUUCCCGGAGCACAGCAGUGAGCUCCUGUCCUGCCUGAAUGCCCAGCGGCGGGCCGGGCUGCUGUGCGACCUGACGCUCACGUCCCGGGGCAGCUGCUACCUGACGCACCGGUCCGUCAUGGCGGCCGUGAGCGUGUACUUCCGGAAGCUGUUUGGGGGGGAGGAGGGGGAGGCGGGCAGCUACGGGGCGGGGCGGCGCUGCAGCGUGCAGCUGGACUUCGUGGCUCCGGACGCUCUGGACGCCCUGCUGGAUUUCGCCUACACCGCCACCCUCACCAUCCGCAGCUCGGGCAUGCGCGAGGUGCUGAGGGCCGCCCAGCUGCUGGGCAUCCAGUGCGUGGCCGACGCCUGCCGCGACAUCCUGGGCGAGCGGGCGGAGGACGAGGACUGCGCCCAGGAGCCCCACAGGGUGUCCCGCCGCAAGAAGGACCGCCGGCACGUCUCCAGAUCGCCCCUGUCCCCGCCGCCCUCCUCCCCGCCGCCGGACUGUCCGCAGCCCGUGGCCCCCGCGGCCCCGGACCCCGACUACCAAGAGCACUCCCCAUUGGCCGGCGAGAACGGAGACCAGCCGGGUGACAGCAGAGUGGCGGCUCCAGCGGCCAAUGGGGGCAUGCGCUGGGCCUCGGGGGAGAGCCUCUUAGCCCCCCCUCCUGAAGACGGGAUGUCGGAGGAAGAGGAGGAGGAGCGGGGAGAGUACAGGGCCGGGGGGGCCGCGGCCGCUCCUCUGGCCGCCGAGCGAGGCGGGGCCCCCGGCACGGGCAGGAAGAGGAAGUCACAGACGCCUCAGCAGUGCCCCGUGUGCCAGAAGAUCAUCCAUGGGGCAGGCAAGCUGCCCCGCCACAUGAGGACCCACACGGGAGAGAAGCCUUUUCAGUGCACCGCAUGCGGCGUGCGCUUCACCCGGAAUGACAAGCUGAAGAUCCACAUGCGCAAGCACACGGGGGAGCGUCCGUACCCCUGCCCCGACUGCCCCGCCCGUUUCCUGCACUCGUACGACCUGAAGAACCACCGCUCCCUGCACAGCGGUGCGCGCCCCUUCGAGUGCCCCCUCUGCCACAAGGCCUUCGCCCGCGAGGACCACCUGCAGCGGCACCGCAAGGGCCACAGCUGCCUGGAGCUGCGCACCCGCCGGCCGCGCAGGGGCCCGGGGCCGGGGGAGGGGCCGCUGCUCCUGGAUCCCGCCUCCCUGCCGCACUCCUCCUCCUUCUCCCGCUCGCCCCCGCAGGGAAACUCCUCCGGCCCCGCGCUCCUCUACUCGCACCUCCCCGAGAGCCCCUCUGUGCCCUUCCACCCCGUGCCUCUGCUGGCCCCAAACAGGCUGGCCUACCCGCCUCACCUAUGGAGGGGCAUGACACUGCCCGCCGGGACUACGGGGGAGGCUAUGGGGCCGCCCUCCCCAGUCGCCCCCCCGCGAGCCAGGUGGGAGGAGGAAGAGGAUGACGAGGAGGAUGAGGAAGAGGAGGAGGAGGAGUAAGGUAAAGGGAAAAUGGGUGUGUGAAUCUGUGUCGCGUGCCUGUCUCCGAUUGCUCGGAUUGGUGGCUGUGUGAGAGUGUGUGAGAGUGUGUGAGAGUGUGUGAGUAGUGUGUGAGUAGUGUGUUAGAGUGAGUGUGUGAGAGUGAGUGUGAGAGGGAGUGUGUGUGAAAGAUCGAGUGAGCGGGAGAAUGAGUGUGUCAGUCUGAGAGUAGUGUGAGAGUGGUUAGAGUGAGUGUGUGAGUGAGUGUGUGUGAAAGAGAAAGUGAACAGGAGAGUGAGUGUGUCUGAGUGUGUGUGAGAGGGAGUGUGUGUGUGAAAGAGCAAGUGAACAGGAGAGUGAGUGUGUCUGAGUGUGUGUGAGAGGGAGUGUGUGUGUGAAAGAGCAAGUGAACAGGAGAGUGAAUGUGUCUGAGUGUGUCUGAGUGUGUAAGAGUGUGUGUGAGAGGGAGGGUGUGUGAAAGAGCGGGAGAGUGAGUGUGUAAGAGUGUGUAAGUGUGUAAGAGUGUGUGAGAGUGUGUGAGAGGGAGUCUGUGUGUGAAAGAGCAGGAGAGUGAGUGUGUAAGAGUGUGUAAGUGUGUAAGAGUGUGUGAGAGUGUGUGUGAGAGGGAGUGUGUAUGUGUGAAAGAGCGGGAGAGUGAGUGUGUAAGAGUGUGUAAGUGUGUGAGAGUGUGUGUGAGAGGGAGUGUGUGUGUGAAAGAGCGAGUGAUCAGGAGAGUGAGAGUGAGAGCACCCAUUACUCCCCGCCCUGCUCUCCCAGUAAGACUGGGAGUAUGACUCAGGUGACCAAACCUGUGUGACAAGCAUCUCACUUUGGGGCACUUAUUAAAAGAAAAAAGUGAAAAACGGGUUCUCUCAAUUCCUUUUGUUUUUUUGCAACUUCUUUCUUAUUUUCAAAUUUUCACAUGUAUUUUAGUUCCAGUUUUAUUAUUUUAUCUUUUAUUUUAUUUUUUUCUGUAAAUUGAAUAUGCUGUACUGUAAUAUAUAUCCAAUGAUAAAUUGCGGAGUUGAAAGUGCUUAAAUGCUGAAUUAUUUCAUUUAGAUGUUAAGGUACAUAGAGUUAAGGAGGUGUUGGUGUGGGGUCCAUUUUGUUCACUAUGCAAUCUUAAAAAAGAGAGGGGGAAAAAUAGUUUAAAAAAAUUACAAAAAUGGGAGGGGAGGGGGUGCAAAUCCAGUCGAGAAAAUAGUUUAGAAACAUGUUUAAACACAAAAUGCUUUUUGUGGCACUGCUGUUAGGCGCCUUUAUUCAGUUGCUGAAUGAACCUGGAACCUCUGCUAGGGUUGAAUGGUACUGUGUAUACUGACGGCUCAUAUGCAUCAGAGUAGGGUCAGGUUAGGCCUUCUGGUUAUACAAUGGGCUUCUGCCAGGUGUAUUUUUCUAUCAUAAAUUUCUGCCACCUUGUGGUAGAAAAGUAGAACUGCCUUUGAUUAGUCCAAAAUUUGUUUUCUGCCUGAUCCUUCUUUAAUUGUUGCAGAUGAUAACAUCUCUGCAUUAAAAAUAAGUAUACAAAGUUUUUCCCUCCCCUCACUUUAGCUACUUAGAUUAUUUGUUGUGCUUGUGGAAGUCACCCUUUGUGGUGUCAAGUAGUUUCUACAUUUCCAUCUUUUGAAGAGCAUGUACCAAAGAUCAGAGUUCAGAGCGAGUAGUUCAGUUAUUUCAUUUUUCAAGUUCAGGAGGGAAACAUGGUACACACAGGAUUGUGAGUUUGUGGCAGAAAAAUGAAAGCGCUUUAAGUUGGACCAGUCUUAACUGAUAAGACAGUGGUGCUUUGAUAUUCAGUUGAAAAUGUCAGACCAAAAAAUUUGGCGGUUUAUCGGUUGCUGAUGACGAUUACAAUUUGUUUACUUUUUGUGGGAGAGGAGAGCCAUAUCCUCCCAGUCUUUCUUUCUCUCUAAUCCUGGUCUUCCAACUCACUCCAUGUUUUUGUUGUUUGCUUUAAAAAAAAAUCAAUGUAUUUAUUUAUUUAUAUUUAUUUAUUGUGGCUUUCCAGUUUCAAACUCAAACUGGAAUGUAUCCAGAAUGAAAAACCACACCUCUCACCGCCCUUUAUACUGUCCCAUCACUGCCUGUUCAAUCAUUUGAAGAGGAGAAACCACAUAAAUUGGGCAAGGCGCUCUAAUUGAUAACAUAAAGACCAAUCCAUCCUGCGGGACCGUUGGUCUCAGACAGACAUACUGUGUGCUUAUGCAGUUUUUUGCACAUCACAUUCCACAUUAUUCUCAAACACAAGCACAGUCUUUCCUCUGGUAAUGGGGCUGAGGAAAGAUGUGUCCUCCAUCUAGGAACAGGAUAAAUGUUUGGGUCUCAGCCUAAAUAUUUAGAAUCAUUAAAAGUAGGUUCAUUAGUUCAUUUUAUAUUGUUCAGCAACAAGUACUUGGAGAUAAGUUAGGAUUCUGUAUGAAAGCAAUAUGAAUGCAUGUUAAAUGUCAUUUACUUAAAUGAUAAUUGGUAUACAAUAGUCUUAAAGGGCCACUGUGUUCAUGGUUUUAGGUCAGUGGUAGGUAAAUAAGCCAUCUUUUGGGUACAUCAGUUAACUUUUAUUUCCAGUCUUUUAUUUUAAGUCUUAUGAUCAAUGUCUUAUUGAAAGCCACAAAGUAAAGCUAUAGAAACGUGCAGUCUCGGAACUGUGGGUGUCCUGUUGGGGCGUAAUGCAUAACCUGUCAGUAGAUUGUCCAAUACUGAUUACAUCAUCAUUGGUUGUAAUCAAAUAUGUCAGUAAUAACUGACAAAUCCGACAAUCAAGCCCAGUUUCUGUAGUUUAGUGUACACCAACUUACACAACUGUAAAGGAAGGGGAUUUUUUUCUGGUUUAUUUGCACUAAAUGGAGAUCAUUAAUUCACUUCCUACAGUUUUCAUUCCACUCCAUAAUUGCACAGAAUCGUGUAUGAUUGUAAGAGAUGAUAACUAUUGAUCCUUUAUCUAUACAUUUAUUUGCAGUAUGUAAAAUAUGUUUAUUCUUGCUAUUGCUUAGAUGUACAGUACUUGUUAUAAGAGUUGUAAUGGGUCAGGCUGCCUUGGACUUUUUGUGACUAUUCUCAGGAAAUCUUGAGCAAUGCACUAAAUGAUUAUGCAAGAUGUGUGGAGAGAUGUGUAUGUACACAAAAGUGCUUGAAAGUGUGAACACCCUUUAUAUGAGUAGUUUCACAGUUGACAUCAACCAGUUGACAGAAUUGGACUGCAAUUCAAGUAGAGAAAUCAUUGCACAUUCAAAUGUAUGUAUUCUCUGCAUUUUUGCUAAAAAUAAAUAAAUUUAAUUUGAAACAAACAUAAAGAAGGAAAAUUUAUGUCAAGUUAAUGAAUGUCCAGUUGAUACUGGUACACUGAUACUGGUACAAGCCAUUUUAUUACAGUCAGUAAUACUGAAUGACAGAGAAAAGUUUAAAAUGAAGGGUGUUAAUGCUACCAACUACGAAAAUGAAACUAUAUGAGAUUUUUAAGAAGCCAGCUGUGAAACGAAUGUGUAUAAACAAAAUGUGCUAUUUGCUUCGGUUAGGGUGGAGGGAUGGGGGUCAAGGUCUGUAAGACCCCCUUUCAGGGACGAAUCCUCUUUUCUUUGUGUUUUAGUGAAUCAUUCCUCAGUGGUGACUUUCUAAUCAUUUAUUUCUGAUAUGACAAAGAAAAUGAGUAAAUAAACAAAGUUAUCUAUUUA